AUGCCAGCUGCAAUCACUAAAGCUGAACAAAGACUCCUACCCACAGACUGGAACAGCCAGUCUCCCUGGAAUUUCCCUUGGAAAGGAACAAAGAACAGCACUGCAGCAUCAGGUGCCCAGAGGUGGAGGGCAGCAGUGAGAAGGAGCUUUGUUAAGUACUCUGCCUGGUUCUGGCACUGUUGUUCUCUAGGAACAAUGGAGAGCUGCGUCAGGAUCACCGGUGUAAUGGAAACUACAGGACCAUCUCUCACCAGAUACUUUGUUCCCAUGCUCCUCCUUCAGAUGGCAGCACCAAGUUCAGAACAGUUUACAGUGACUGGCUUACGGGGGCCAAUCUUGGCUCCUUUGCGUGGAAUAGUUGAACUCAGCUGCCAGCUGUCCCCACCCCAAAAUGCAGAACACAUGGAGAUACGCUGGUUCCGGGAUCGCUAUACACAACCUGUUCACCUAUACAACAAUGGCAAAGACCUGCAUGUAGAAACUAUCUCCAGGUAUGUGGAGCGGACAGAGCUCCUGAAAGAAGCUAUCAGAGAGGGUAAAGUGACCCUCAGGAUCCUCAAUGUCAGUGUUGAUGACGAUGGGCAGUAUCACUGCUUCUUCAAAGAAGGUGCUUUCGAUGAAGAAGCCAUCACAGAAGUGAAGGUCACAGCUACAAGCUUAGGAAUACAGAUUCUUGUACAUCCUCCUAAUACCAAAGGUCUUUUGGUGGAGUGUAAUACAGGAGGUUGGUUCCCACAGCCUCAAAUGGAAUGGAGAGACAGCAGAGGAGAGAUCAUUCCGCCUACAUCCAUAUCCCAUUCACAGGACACAGAGAAAUUGUACAACAUGAAGAUGACCCUUCUCCUUAGACAGAGCUCCCAUAGGAAUGUCACUUGCUGCCUUCGAAACCCCGUAACUGGUCAAGAGGAAAGGACAAGCAUUGUCCUAUCAGGUGAGAUCAGUGUGCUUGUUCUUCAAAUGAUGACCAUUGUCAUAAAAUUUACAAACUAA